UAUUUAUUUUAAAUAAAGAAUUGUUCUGAAAAGACGCGUGCGGCUGUAACAUUUAUUAGUGUUAAGAAUUAAAAUGUAUUUUCUCACUUUGUUUGUGCUAAUAAUAAUCUUUUAUUAUAGUUAUACGAGAAAACAUUUUAAAUAUUGGAAAAACAGAAAUGUGGCUCAUGAGACACCAAAAUGGUUUUUGAUCGCUUUUAUGAAAAAUUUAUAUUAUAAAAAAACAAUGACGGAAGUAACGAUAGAAUUGUGUGAAAAAUUUCCAAAUGAAAAACUGAUUGGAUUCUACAGGGGUGUUCAUCCGCUUAUAAUAGUUAAGGAUCGUUUACUUAUGAAGCAUAUCUGUGUCAUAGAUUAUGACCAUUUCACGCUCAGAAUGAUCACGAAUCACGAACAGUAUAAAUUAUAUACAAACUUAUUCCACGCAGAUGGCGACACGUUUAAACUUUUAAAAAAGGCUCUAUCCCCUGCGUUUACCACGAGUAAACUUAAAAAUAUGUUUCCGCUGAUAGUGAAGUGUGCGGAGAAACUUCAGACACUUGGUGACAAGAUUGUAGAACGGGGGGGAAUCGUCAAAAGCGACGAGCUCAUGUCACGGUUUACGAUAGAUUUUAUUUGUUCGUGUGGAAUGGGUCUCGAUUUUGGACUUUUCGAUGAAAAAAGUGACCAUUUUUUUGAAUUUGCAACGAGUUUAUUUCAUUUACCAACAUGGAAGGCUAUCGGAAUAAUUUUACAGCACUAUUUUACAUUUUUAAGCUACUUCACGAAAUUGCAAGUUCAUUCGAAGAAGAAGGUUCAAAUAUUUGUUGAUUUAGUGAAGAAAGUUUGUGAGACAAGAAAUUACAAGCCCAGUGGACGUCACGACUUCAUCGAUCUUCUAUUGGAAGUAGCUUUAAAUGGAAAACUGAAGGGAGAGUCCAAUGAGAAAAAAAAUCCGGAUGGAUCCCCAGCUCCAAUAGAGUUUGAUCUUUCAGAUCCUUAUAAUUUUGCAGCCCAGGUUUAUGUAUUCUUUACUGGUGGCUUUGAAACCUCUGCAACAACUACAAGUUUUGCUUUGCACCAACUAGCAAUGCAUCCAGACAUUCAAAGGAGGGUGCAAAAUGAAAUAGACGAAGUCCUUUCAAAAUUUGAUAACAAACUUUGUUAUGACGCCGUACGUCGAAUGACUUUAUUGGAGAUGGUCUUUUUGGAAGCUAUGAGAAUGUUUCCGCCCGGAGGUGUACUAGUGAGAGUCUGUACAAAAAAAUAUACUUUUCCUGGAACUUCGACAACUAUAGAACCUGGUGUACACAUUCUAAUACCAGUUGCUGUAAUGCAUAUGGAUGAAACAAUUUUUGAAAAUCCUGAAAAGUUCCACCCAGAAAGAUUUUCAUCAGGCUAUAAAGAGUCGACAGGAGAUAUGUAUAUACCUUUCGGUGUUGGAAGACGAAUGUGUAUAGGUAGCAGUUUGGGACAUAUGCAGUCUACAGCUGGGUUAGCGGCGGUACUACAGCGUUUUAACGUCGAGUUGGCACCUACAGCAACAGAACAUGUUAAACCAGACCGCAACAUAUUUUACAUCCAUAAAGCGGCAGGCGGUCUCCCUAUUAAACUUGUACCAAGAAUUUUAAAAUCAUAACUUAUAAAGAAAUUUGUAUAAUAAUCAAUAACAUUGAAUUAGGGAAAAGAAAUGUGUGUUUUAUAUAAAAUUAUAAAAUGCUUAACGUAAUGAUUAGGUUUGCUAAUAUGAAAAAUUAAAUGACAACAAUUAAUAAAAGUAAUGA